UCUGUUCUGAUUGCUUGUAAAAGAGUAACAAAACCCUCUUUGGGCCAUGUCUUCUGGAGCUUGUGGCUUAGAACCUAAUAGUUACAUAGUAAGGAGAGGGCAGUUGAAGUGGAGCAGCAUCCUUGCAGAAGGUUCCGGUAACGGACGUGGUGUUCAUGUGUCAUCGUCAUGUGAACGGCAGUUACGUCCUUUGGUGUCACAUGAGAACUCACCUGAAAACACCGACCAUCGGGACUGCAGACGUUGCCAUGUGCUGUCCAGGGACUGGAUAUGAGGGUGUUGAUCAGUGCGCACAAAUUACAGUGCAAAGAGCACAGUUUGCCUGUCACCGAGGAGCUCAUGCAUGCAUGUGACCAACUUAGACCUUGAGACGGAUGUUUCUCAAGCAUGGCCUAGUGCAGACGGAAGCACAUGCCCUCUCGACAUGACACGGCAUGUGUUCUAUACAGAAGGAACCUCACUAACUCCCUGGGCGGCCUCUCAAGGAAGCGUGUGCCCCAAGAACGGUCUCUCCUCUGACCUCCAAGGAAUUGUCUGCUUGGUAUCAGCAUGUCUGAGCAGAGCCAAGAUUUCUGAAGACUCCUUCCUAGAAACAAUUGGGAAGUAUCGAGAGGCACAAGAUACAGACCAUCUGGGGACGAGACGCAGGGUCUGAUUGAGGCCAUCGGGAGUCUGGCGCCUGCUGAUGAGGAUUUCUUCAGAGGGCUGUAGAGAAGCACGCUGUUUAAGAACCAGGUGGCCUUUGAUAUUUGCAGUGGUGAGAGCAGCUCGACCUCACCCAGAGUGUUGAGAAAUGCAGGGCCUCAGGGCUUGCGCCGCCCACCAGCUCCAGGCUGCCCUGCAGCUCUGAGCAGCGACCACCCUGACACCCACCGUGGGCUCGCCUGCCCGCGGGCAUUUGCUGCUGAAGUCCCCACUGCGUCCCCAGCCGAUGAGGAUGUGCGCCCCCGUCGGGGGGCUGCUCACCGCCCUCACAGUGGUGUUUGGGACAGCGGUGGCGUUUGCACCCAUACCUAGGAUCACCUGGGAGCACAGAGAGGUGCAGCUGGUGCAGUUUCACGAGCCGGGCAUCUUCAACUACUCGUCCUUGCUGCUGAGUGAGGACAAGGACACUUUGUACGUGGGCGCCCGGGAAGCCGUGUUUGCCUUGAACGCACACAAUAUCUCCAAGAAGCAACAUGAGGCAUAUUGGAAGGUCUCGGAAGAUAAAAAAGCAAAAUGCGCGGAAAAGGGGAAAUCAAAACAGACAGAAUGCCUUAACUACAUCCGAGUGCUGCAGCCCCUCAGCGCCAGUGCCCUUUACGUGUGCGGGACCAAUGCGUUCCAGCCAGCCUGUGACCACCUGAACUUAACAUCCUUUAAAUUUCUGGGCAAAAAUGAAGACGGCAAAGGAAGGUGUCCCUUUGACCCAGCACAAAGCUACACGUCCGUCAUGGUUGAUGGAGAGCUUUAUUCUGGGACGUCGUAUAACUUCUUGGGAAGCGAACCCAUCAUCUCCCGAAAUUCUUCCCACAGUCCUCUGAGAACGGAGUAUGCAAUUCCUUGGCUGAACGAGCCCAGCUUCGUGUUUGCUGACGUGAUAGGAGAGAGCCCGGAGGGCGGGGACGACGGGGACGACAAGGUCUACUUCUUCUUCACAGAGGUGUCUGUGGAGUACGAGUUCGUCUUCAAGCUGAUGAUCCCACGGGUAGCGAGGGUCUGCAAGGGGGAUCAGGGCGGCCUGAGGACCUUACAGAAGAAGUGGACCUCUUUCCUGAAGGCCAGGCUGAUCUGCUCCCGGCCGGACAGCAACCUCGUCUUCAAUGUGCUGCGAGACGUCUUUGUCCUCAGGUCUCCCGGCCUGAAGGAGCCCAUGUUCUAUGGGGUCUUCACCCCACAGCUGAACAACGUGGGGCUCUCGGCCGUGUGCGCCUACAACCUGUCCACAGCCGAGGCAGUCUUCUCCCGUGGGAAGUACAUGCAGAGCGCCACGGUGGAGCAGUCGCACACCAAGUGGGUGCGCUACAACGGGGCCGUGCCCACACCGCGGCCCGGGGCGUGCAUCAACCGGGAGGCGCGUGCGGCCAACUUCUCCAGCUCCCUCAACCUACCAGACAAGACUCUGCAGUUUGUCAAAGACCACCCUCUGAUGGAUGACUCCGUGACCCCGAUAGACAACAGGCCCCGGCUGAUCAAGAGUGACGUGAACUACACGCAGAUUGUGGUGGACAGGACCUGGGCCCUGGAUGGGACGGUCCAUGACGUCAUGUUUGUUAGCACAGACCGGGGUGCCCUGCACAAAGCCAUCAGCCUUGAGAACAAUGUCCACAUCAUUGAGGAGACACAGCUCUUCCAGGACUUCGAGCCCGUCCAGACCCUGCUGCUGUCCUCCAAGAAGGGCAGAAGGUUUGUCUAUGCCGGUUCCAACUCGGGCGUGGUGCAGGCCCCCGUGGCCUUCUGUGGAAAACAUGGCACCUGCGAGGACUGCGUGCUGGCCCGGGAUCCCUACUGCGCCUGGAGCCCGGCCGCGGCCGCCUGCAUCGCCCUGUACCAGACCGAUGGCCCCAGCAGGGGUUUGAUUCAGGAAAUGAGUGGGGAUGCGUCCGCUUGCCCCGAUAAAAUUAAAGAAAGUUACCUGCAGCAUUUUUUCAAGCAUGGUGGCACAGCAGAACUCAAAUGCUCCCAAAAGUCCAACCUGGCCCGGGUGGUGUGGAAGUUCCAGAAUGGCGUGCUCAAGGCCGAAAGCCCCAAGUACAGCCUGGUGGGCAGGAAGAACUUGCUCAUCUUCAACCUGUCAGAAGGAGACAGUGGGGUGUACCAGUGCCUGUCUGAGGAGAGGGUCAAGAACAAGACAGUCCUGCAGGUGGUGGCCAAGCACGUUCUGGAGGUCAAGGUGGUCCCUCGAACUCCGGUGGCCUCCACCUCGCCGGUCACACGGACAGAAGGUAGUAGGAUCACCUCCAAAGUGUCAGCGGGGCCCACCCAAGGCUCCUUUCCCCAGACCCCAGCCUUGCAGGUCACCACUCCCAGUGCCAUCGCCCUGCCCUCCAGCCCCGAGGGGCCCACCAGCAUGUCCUGUGAACCAAAGAUUGUCAUCAACACGGUCCCCCAGGUCCACUCGGAGAAGACAAUGUAUCUCAAGUCCAGUGACAACCGUCUCCUCAUGUUUCUCUUCCUCUUCUUCUUCGUCCUCUUCCUCUGCCUCUUCACCUACAACUGCUAUAAGGGCUACUUGCCCGGACAGUGUUUAAAGUUCCGCUCAGCCAUGCUCCUCGGGAAGAAGCAGCCCACGUCGGACUUCUCGGAUUGCGAGCAGAGUGUGAAGGAGACGCUGGUGGAGCAGGGCAGCUUCUCCCAGCAGAACGGGGGGCAGCCCAAGCCGGCCCUGGACACUGGCUAUGAGACAGAGCAGGACACCAUGGCCAGCAGGCUGCCCACUGACCGGGAGGACUCGCAGAAGAUCGACGAGCUCCCAGUCAGGGACCGGCCAUUCGACGUCAAGUGCGAGCUGAAGUUUGCCGACUCGGACGCGGACGGGGACUGAGGCACCCGCUGCUCCCCGGGAGGUCUUUGUGUUACCAGUUCAGUCCCCCGUCCAGUGCUGCGUAGGUAGCCAUCGUCAGCAAACCUCAGUCUUCUGUGUCUUUUCUCUUGGGUCGCGCUUGUGACUUGGUUUCUCUUUGUCCUUUCGGAAAACGGCGAGCGUCGCGGCCGGCCUGCUGGUCGGUGGGGCCCUUGGAGUCAUGCCUGCAAGCUUGCCCGAGGCCACUCUGCGGCGGGAAGACGGCUGGGCCGCCACUGGCCCGGGAAGAGUUGGGCCAUGAGCAUCCCCUCCUUGUAGCAGCCACUGAAAGAGAAUUUAAUUCCAGAUUGGAAAUGACGUUUUAGUUUAUCAGAUUGGUAACUUAUCGCUUGUUGUCCAGGUUGGCACGAACCAUUUCUUCCACAUAAUUACUUUUUAGGAUUUUUGCUUUAAUUCUGUUGGCGUGUUGGGUCGUUCAUUUUUUAAAUUACUAAAGCAGAUGUAUUAAUAUUUGGAAGAUGUACAUCUUCUGAAUUUUGUUGUAUAUUAGGGUAAAGGUAUGGCUUAUGUUGCUUAAGAUUCUCAGGGAUAAUCUUACUUUUGCUAAAUGCAUUCUUUUCUGCUUUUAGAAAUGUAGACAAAACCAUGUCUUGAGAACAUGUCCUUUUUUUUUUUUUUUAAAUGUUCCUUAAGGGAAGCAUCAUUUUCAGAGAGACUUUUUUUCUGUACCUUUUUUUUAACUCUUGUUUUAACUCUUUUGAGGAGAAGGCUGUGGAGGACUGUCUCACAACACCGGGCAGGGUUUGGAGGGAGGGAUGUGGCCCCCAGCAUGCUCUGGGUGGAGCUGGGCCGGCAGAAUUGAGGGGACGAGUGAGUUACAAUCCAGUGCCCACGGCCACUGGUCAAAAACCUCCUGCCCAGACAGAACGUUCACCGGGACAUCUUGGUCAUCUGAACAUCUCCUUUUUCUUUUUGCUUCCGUCUCAUGCCCUCUGCCUGCCCAGACUCUCCACUUGGCCUAACCGGGCUGUCCAUAACUGGAAGAGAGCAGGGCGGCCGGGGACAGCCAGGCUGGUGAGCACAGCACCCCUCCCACAGAUGCCGCCGCCACGGACCUGCCAGGCCUGUCGCCCUCUUUCAAGGUGCAAGUGGGCGGCACAGUCUAACCAUCACCGACGUCACGCUCCAUUUCCUGCUUUCCAGACACCCACAUAGAGGAGCCUUUCUUUCCGUGGCAAAGAGCAAUAAACUCUGAGUGUGUGUGUGGCCUGUGUGGACAGUGUCAUCUUCCAGCAUGAUAGGAUUUGACCGUUUUGGUGUAAACAUUUGUGUUUUAUAAGAUUUACUUCGUUUUUAUUUUUCUACUUUGAAUUGUAUACGUUCGGAAAGUAACCGAAUAAACAGAAGCUUAUAUCCUUGA